AUGUCGGCUGACACGUUAGAUAUGGCAACAUCCAAAGAGCCUUCUAAGCAAGUAAACGUAUCGGAGACGAAGGAUGCAGACCUAGAAUCGGAGGAUACCAGCCAAAAGCCAGGGGCUUGGCGGUAUCAAUCGGACAGAGCGGAACUGACUGAACUGACACCGGUUGAAGCUUUCACCUGGAAUGUAGAGGGCGAUCAGUCUCCUUUCCCCGAAGUCGCGGCUUGUGUCUCGAACAAAGAUGACCCAAGUAUUUCCUGCAACACCUUUCGGGCCUGGAUACUGAUGACGAUUUUUGUCAUAAUCUUUUCCGGGGUCAAUCAGUUUUUCGGAUUGCGAUAUCCCUCACUUUCGAUUGGAUACGUUGUUGCUCAGAUUUUAGUUUUCCCCAUUGGUAGAGCAUGGGAAAAGCUCCCUAGAUGGAGAGUUCCGCUGGGGAAGCUUUCGUUUGACAUCAACCCAGGCAAAUUCACCAUCAAGGAGCAUGCAUUCAUUGUCAUUUGUGUCAAUAUCAGCGCUUCCACAGCCUAUGCUCAAGGCUCUUUGGUCGCCAUCAUUAGCCCAGUAUAUUGGGGUCGCGACUUUGGAGCUGGAUUCUCAUUUCUUUACCUUUUGACGACACAGAUGAUAGGAUUCGGGUUGACUGGCCUUGCUCGCAGGUGGAUUGUUUAUCCUGCUGCCUUGGUCUGGCCUACCUCACUGUCAUCCACCGUUCUAUUCCGUGCACUACACGAGCCUGAGAGUCGCACAGCAGCAAAUGGCUGGACUAUCACCCGGUACUCAUUUUUUGCCUACGUCACAGUUUUUGGAUUUGUCGUUUUCUGGUUCCCGGACUAUAUCUGGACAAGUCUCAGCACGUUUGCCUUUAUCACCUGGAUCUUCCCUAACAACCAGAAAGUGAACACAUUAUUUGGGAUGAAUUCCGGCUUGGGCCUUCUGCCUAUCAGCCUUGACUGGACGCAGAUCAAUUAUGCUGGAUACCCGCUAAUGACGCCCUUUUACAUCACUUGCAAUGCGUUUGCAGUGGUCGUGUUGUUCUAUUUCUUCUUGUCCCCGAUCCUGUACUAUGCCAAUGUAUGGUACAGCGCCUAUCUCCCGCUUCUUUCGUCAAGCACAUUUGACAAUACAGCGAGCUCUUACAACGUAUCGCGCGUGGUCGACGCCAAUUUGAAUUUUGUUGAAAGCAGUUACAAGGAAUACUCUCCCAUGUAUAUCUCCAUGGCAUACACCCUCACCUACGGGCUGUCGUUCGCUGCAGUUACCGCAAUUGUCCUUCAUACAUACCUCUACAACGGCUCUGAAAUCUGGGCUCGCUUCAAGGAUUCAAGACACGGUGGGGAGGAUAUCCAUCGACGACUAAUGCGAGCCUACAAGGAAGUUCCAGACUGGUGGUAUGGUGUUCUUACCGUUAUCGUUUUGGGACUGGGAAUUUUAACAAUCCGAAAUUGGGAUACUGAGUUGCCUGUCUGGGGCUUCAUUGUGGUAUGCUUUGGCAUGGCAGUUCUUCUGAUAGUGCCCGAAGGCAUCCUUCAGGGAACCACGAAUCAGCGCGUUUUCCUUAAUAUCAUCACGGAGAUGAUUGCUGGGUACGCCUGGCCCGGAAAGGCGAUCGCUAAUAUGAUGGUGAAGUGCUACGGCUACAAUUCGGUCAAACAUGGCAUGGAUUUUGCACAGGACCUGAAACUUGGACAAUAUAUGAAAAUUCCCCCUCGUGUUCUAUUCUUUGGUCAGAUUUACGCUAGUGUCCUAGCAACAGCAACCCAGACUGGAGUCCUACGAUGGAUGCUCGGACAUAUUACGGAUCUGUGUGAAUCAAGCAACACUCAGCGCUUCACUUGUAAUGGAGCUAAAGUCAUGUAUAAUGCCUCCUUGAUUUGGGGAACAAUUGGCCCACAGCGAAUGUUCCAGUCCGGCCAGGUGUACAAUGGCCUUGUCUAUUUCUUCCUGAUCGGACCCGUUGUUACUGGGAUCGUCUACCUCAUUUACCGUCGCUAUCCCAACAGCUGGGUCCGCUACAUCAACGUUCCCAUCUUCUUCAAUGCGGCGGGCAACAUCCCCCCCGCAAACACUACUCAAUAUUCGCUCUGGUUCAUAGUUGGCUUCAUUUUUAACUACCUCAUCCGAAAGCGCGCAUUUGACUGGUGGAAGCGUUACAACUACCUACUUCAAGCGGCAAUGGAUACUGGUACCGCGAUCGCGACUAUAAUCAUCUUUUUCGCCCUGAGCUAUCACUCCAUCACGUUUAGCUGGUGGGGAAAUAACGUGGGAUCGAACACGGAUGAUGCGAACUCCGUCCCCUGGCUGACCGUUCCAGAUGGCGGCUACUUUGGAAAGGGACCAGGCCAAUUUUGA